AUGUUGCAUUCUCUAUUCGACACCACUCACAUUGAUAACAUGAAGAUUCUCACGGCCUUGAUUCAUCCUAAAAACCACAGCACACCACUGCAAGAUGGUUCCACCAAGAGAAAGGUUCACUUGGAUGUGUUAAGGAGGAAGACAGUGUUGCUUCUCAUCUCCGACCUCAACAUAUUGGAAGACGAGCUAUCUAUUUUCGAGCAAAUAUACACAGAGUCGAGGAAGAACUUGGUGGGAGUAGAUGGUAAGAGCCAUAUGCCUUACGAGGUUGUGUGGGUUCCGAUAGUGGAUCCUAUGGAAGAUUUCGAAAGAUCUCCGAGUCUGCAGAAGAAAUUUGAGGCUCUCCGUGAGCCUAUGCCAUGGUACACAGUGGAUAGUCCAAAGCUGAUAGAGAGACAUGUGGUGGAGUUUAUGAGAGAGAGAUGGCAUUUCAUGAACAAGCCAAUACUUGUGGUGCUUGACCCACAAGGCAACGAGGCUAGUCUCAAUGCGCUUCACAUGAUCUGGAUUUGGGGGACUGAAGCUUUCCCUUUCACUAGAGCUCGUGAGGAGGAGCUCUGGAGGAGGGAGACCCUUACGCUUAACCUCAUCGUUGAUGGCAUCGACUCUGUCAUUUUCAAUUGGAUAAACCCUGAAAAUUACAUAUUCUUAUACGGAGGAGAUGACUUGGACUGGAUAAGAAGGUUCACAAGGGCGGCCAAAGCGACGGCCAAAGAUUCCAACGUGAAGCUGGAGAUGGCUUAUGUUGGUAAACGUAACCACAGUCACAGAGAACAGAUCAGGCGCAUCAGUGAAGCCGUCAGGGCUGAAAAUCUGAGUCAUAGCUGGACCGAGCCUGCAUUGAUGUGGUUCUUCUGGACUAGGCUGGAGAGCAUGCUCUACUCCAAGAUUCAACUCGGCAAAGCUGAUGAUCACGACGAGGUGAUGCAAGGAAUCAAAAAGGUACUAAGCUACGACAAGCUUGGAGGUUGGGCACUGCUGAGCAAAGGAGCUGAGAUAGUGAUGAUAACUCACGGUGCCAUUGAGAGGACUGUGACCGUCUACGACCGAACCUGGAAAACUCACGUUCCGACCAAAGGCUACACCAAGGCAAUGUACGACCACCACCACGACGAGAUUCUCCGGGAAACCGGGAAACCAUGCAGCCACUUUGAUUUCCACAUCACUGCUAGGAGCGGUCGGAUUCCGGAGAAGAUGAACUGCUUCGAAUGUCACCGUCCCAUGGAGAAGUACAUGAGCUUCGCUUGUUGCCACGAUGAUAAGCUCCUUGACCAAGACGAGAACUACAACUUCUAG